ACUCCUGUAGGGUUUAAGCUCGAUCGAGCGUCUCGGGCACCCAUUUUCUGUUCGCUGACAAUGCUCAGUCUAGUGUCAAUUUGAUGAAUUUACUCUACGAGAUUUCAGGUAUCGUAGGCAAAUUCUCCAAAACAUGAGGCUUUUGCGAUUCAUGCGGUUUUCUCAUCUUCGCAAAUCUUUGGGUCAAAAUCCCAGCUUCAAUGCUUCAUCAAUUUCAACAGACAAUAACUUUCCGGAUCGCCAAUCGAAAAUCCGAUAUGUUUCUGGUUUCCCGCGCUAUUACACUACUCCUUCACAAGAUUCAAAACCUGUUCAGUCUGAGAAGGUCUCAGCCAUCGUGGAUGACCUCAUGGGACUCACGUUACUUGAAGUAAUGGACCUUGUUGAAGUUAUGAGGGAGAAAAGGGGCGUCAAUGAGCUCCCACUCAUGAUGGUGAUGAUGCCGGGAAUGGGAGUCGCCGGUGGCCUGAAGGGUAUGGCCAAGGGUGGUGGUCCAAAAGGAGGAGGAGAAGAGAAGGCUGAAAAGACGACGUUUGAUGUGAAGCUUGAAGCAUUUGAUGCUGCCGCGAAGAUCAAGGUGAUCAAAGAAGUGAGGACGUUUACCAGUUUGGGUUUGAAGGAGGCAAAGGAUUUGGUAGAGAAAGUGCCAACCCUUUUGAAGAAAGGUGUAAGGAAAGAGGAAGCAGAGACGAUUAUUGCCAAGAUGAAGGAGGCUGGCGCAAAAGUAACAAUGGAAUAAGUUAGGCCAAGCAGCCAAUGCGUCACAUUUGGGUUAAGUUUGGUCAGAUGAUGAAAGUCCAUUGAGUUCUUCACAAUGCGAGGCCCUGUCAAGCCACUUUCAUUAUCAUGGGUCUUUUCAUUUAUCAGGCUUUCUUUUGUCUUGAAUAUUUGUAAUUAAUCACUUUUAAGUAAUGUUGUAGAAUGCGAUUUGAUGGUGGAAUCAUUUUUUUCAAACCUGCCAUGCCCUUGAUGCUCACU